AGCUGAUCAGAGGGAGUGGGUGGUGGACACACGCCGCCAACGAUGUCUGAAGACUUUCAUUAGUGGACAAGACCUGGUUCCUCAUGCGUGACGUGAGAACACUCGGGAGGACUUCGCAGAGGAACCAGAAGCCAAAAAAAGGGUUCUUCAGCCGCCUUUGAGAGGAGCGAUGUCCUGGUUGUCACCCGUGUCCUGGGCCAAAUGGACCUGGACCGCCGUGCGAGGAGGAGAGGAAGGGGAGGAAGGAGAGGAAGGGAGCGAGAAGGUGCCUAGGGAAGAGGAGGAGGAGGAGGAUGAUGAGGAGGAGCGAUCGCAAGGCUGCAGCUCGGACUCAGAUGGUCACUUCGACACCCCCGAGGCAGCGACUCCCGUCCACGGCCCGCCCAAGGUCCCGGCAGAGCUGGGGAGAGCCAACAAAACAGAUGUGGAGCAAGACCAGGACCUGAUUGUCACAGCUCCAUUUGUGGAGGAUAAUAGUUGGCUCUGCCACAACAUGGGUCAAGAUGAGCCUGUGCAAGACCCACUGGAGAAGACCACCAGUUGCCUAGGAGCACAACAACAUGGCAACCUGUCAAAGCCCAAAGACUCUCAGCCAACCUUUGAUUUAUUCUUAGACAAAGUGGCAAAAAGCACAGUUCCAUUGAUAGAACCACCUUGUGAAGAGGCACUGGUUCCAGAAGUGGCAAAAGGCACAGUUCCAUUGACAGAUCCACCUUAUAAAGACCUAUUGGUUCAAGAAGUGACAACAUACACAGAUCUUUUGACAGAACCACCUUGUGAAGAGGCACUGCUUCCAGAAGUGGCAAAAAGCACAGUUCCAUUGACAGAUCCACCUUAUAAAGACCUAUUGGUUCCAGAAGUGUCAAAAUACACAGAUCUCUUGACAGAACCCCCUUGUGAAGAGGCACUGGUUCCAGAAGUGGCACAAUGCACAGUUCCAUUGACAGAUCCACCUUAUAAAGACCGAUUGGUUUCAGAAGUGUCAAAAUACACAGAUCUCUUGGCAGAACCACCUUGUGAAGAGGCACUGGUUCCAGAAGUGGCAAAAUGCACAGUUCCAUUGACAGAUCCACCUUUAAUAGACGUAUUGCUUCCAGAAGUGUCAAAAUAUACAGUUCCAUCGACAGAACCACCCUGUGAAGAGGCAUUGGUUCCAGAAGUGGCACAAUUCACAGUUCCAUUGCCAGAACCACUUUGUAACACAAUUGCUUUCUUAGAUAAAGACCCAAAUCCGGAUUUUGCUCCAGCUUUUUCCAUUGUCCGUGGAAUUGAUUCGAUCCAAUUCAGUCAAGCUGAACUCAACCCUGCUGUGAGUUUCCCAGAAGAGAAACCUCUUGUUGAUUCAGAACCACAAGGCAAUAGUGUAGUCAACCAGGCAGUUGAGUCCAGUUCAAAAACUAAAACACGCAAAUCUAAACCGCAAUCCUUGGCACUAAAGGACACAUCCAGGGAGGAAGUACAACAAUCAAACGAGGAGGAACAACACCUUGUUCCCAAAGCCUCUUAUAACUUUGACCCUGACCAGUUAGAUGAUUGCUUUAAUCCUUUCACUAGUGGAGGAUCCAAAAUCCAGAACUCUCCACCACCAUGCAGUACAAUAGCCUUCCCAAGACUUGAGCCACUUGGUAGUGCUUUGUUGACCUGCGAGGACAGCGCGGCAGCAGCUUCAGCAGAGGAAUCAACUUUGGAGGCAAAACCCAUGAUUCUGGAGUUUGUUGUGGAUGAGGGCACAGUCAAAAAGCCACCGCCAAAGAAAUUAGGAAACAGAAAGACAACCAGCAAACUCAAAAAGGAAGUAAAACCCAAAGUGCCAGAAACUUCCUGUGAACCUGCACCAGAACCUGUCGUAUCAGAAUCAGUUCCAGACCCAGCAUCUCUUUCUGAGCCAGCUCCAGAAACACAUUUGCCUGUUUCAGACUCCACUGUGCCUCUAAACCUGGACGACGUUCCCAUUCCUCGCAAGGGAACAUAUAACUUUGACCCCGCUCAGUGGGAUGACCCCGACUUCAACCCCUUCGGGAGCAACAGCAAGGUGGACAGUUCACCAGUGCUCCCCGGAGGCUCCUACACCUUCGACCCGGACACGUUGGACAACUCUGCGGACCCUUUCAAACCCUCCAAGACCCUGGGUAACGAGGAUUCGUCCGGUCGUUCCCCUCAGCCGGAGAAAAAACAGGAAGACGGAAGCAAAGGGAAAACAGAGCACCCGGCGGGCGUAAAGAAAGUUCGGCAAAGCGCCAAGAAAAGCAAAGAAAGGACGGCCAAGAAGACCUGUAAAGUUGACCAACAUGAUGAGAGCCAGUCCCAGACGUGCAAGCAGGAAGAGGAGGUUCAGAGCCCGGAGAUCUCGCAGCGAGUUCACCACGCCACUGACGAGGAGAAGCUGGCGUCCACGGGCAUCGCGGGUCAGACCGCAGACCACCACCAACCCAGAGGGGAGUCUGACCAUGCCAACAAGAAGCCAAUCAUGCCCAUCAAAGACGACGAGGAGACCAAGAAGAUCCACUGCAAGGAGCAAAAGAACAUGAUCGCUUCCAAAGAAGAUGUCGUAAGUAAAGAUGCAUGUGAGACAUGCGUGGAUGUGACCAGUGCCACAGACACAGAGGUGGUGUCUCCAGACAAACUACCUCUGAGUGAGAUGGACAAGGCUGCAGUGCUCACUCUCAUCAGAGAGGAGAUCAUCGCUAAAGAGGUGGAAGUCAAUGAGUGGAAGACAAAGUACGAGCAGAGCCGAGCUGAGGUUCUGGAGAUGAGGAGCAUUGUUGCAGAGUAUGAGAAGACAGUUGCACAGAUGAUUGAGGAUGAACAGCAGCAGAAGACACUGUCCUGCAGUAAGUCAGUCAGGCAGCUCACCAUGGAGAGGGACCAGGCCCUGGCCGACCUCAACUCUGUGGAACGCUCCUUCGCCGACCUCUUCAGGAGGUAUGAAACCAUGAAGGGGGUCCUGGAGGGCUUCAAGAAGAAUGAGGAAGCGCUGAAGAAGUGUGCCCAGGACUACUUGACACGCAUCAAGCAGGAGGAGCAGCGAUACCAAACCCUCAAAGUGCAUGCGGAGGAGAAACUGGAUAGGGCCAAUGAGGAGAUAGCGCAGGUACGAUCUAAGGCCAACUCGGAGGGCGUGGCGCUGAAUGCCAGCCUGAGGAUGGAGCAGAUGAAGGUGGACUCGCUGGAAAUGGCCGUCGUUCAGAAAAAUCAGGAGAUUGAGGAACUCACUAAGAUCUGCGAUGAGCUUAUCGCCAAGCUUGGAACGGAAUAAUAUCACGUGGCAUCACUUUUCAAAGGCGCGCACAAAACAACUGACUCAUGGUUGAGUGUGUGUGUGAACGUCAUAUUCCAACGCCUGCCUCAUAACAAAAUAUGGAUUCAGACCACUGCUCAAUAGGACUCUUUGGCAUACACAAGUCAUGCUCAAUACAUUAGAAAUAGACAAAAAAAUUGACUUAUUUCAGUCAUUUUAUUAUAAAAGUGAUAUGUACACAAAUUAAUGUAAUCUAUUUGAAAUGUUUAUUUAUUUUCAUAUUGAUGAUUGGAACUGAGAACUCAUGAAAAUCCCAAAUUCAGUCCUCAGAAAAUUUGAAUAUUAUUGUCAGAGUUUGUAGGUGCCGAACCCCAAGAUGCAGGCGGAAGGCAUUGUGCAAGAAAACAUGAUUUAAUUAAACACUAUGGCAAAACAACAAAGAAAAGGGUAACAAAAGGCGCGCACAAGGCGGAGAACAAACUUGGCUAUUAACUAAAAUAGCACAGAGGCUAACUGUGGACAAGAAACAAAAACACUUACUGUGACACGCAGGAACUAAGACAUGAGCAGAGUGAAACAAAAGUAGACAGAGCUACAACGACAAGUAUUAAGACAGGUAGUAAUGACAUUGGCAAUGACAAUAAUCCAGCACUGACUGGAGGGGAAGGCAGGUUUAAAUAGCAGCUGACUGAUUGACACCAGGUGUGGCCAGGUGCCAAUCAGCCACAGCUGAGGGGAAGCAGCACUCAGGGAGACAAUCAGGAAUUGAAGACAAAAUAAAAAGCGCUGACAGAAAACUAAGACAAACGCAGAGGAAAAACUAAAACACAGUCAAACUGUCAGGGACAAGCCUGACAAUUAUGACCAAAAAAAAAGGAUGAACAUGAAAAGUAUGAACACUCAAUACUCAUUAGGUAUCUGGAUACUGAAAUAUCGAUACCGCCAGAUCAUUAUGCUCUAAUAUCGAUCCUCAAAUCAAAAUAUAGAUACUUUUGAUACUUUAGUUCGGGACUAACUUUUUUGUAAUUCCUUUUUCUGAUGUUGAUUAUUCAUAAAGGAUGAAUAAAUACAUCAAUGACUUUUCUGUUUUGUUUGAUCAGCCGUUUUACUGCCGUGUUGCAGGCAUCCUAAAUACACAUUUACAAAAUCUUUAUAUGUAAAUAUCUCAUUUCACAACAUACCUGUAUAUAUUUGCCACUUCUAGUCCGGUGCGGCUAAAAUAUGAAAAAAAAAUCAUGUUUUUCCUUCUAGAAUUUAGUGGGUGCGUCUUAUAUACCGGUGUGGCUUGUUUUAUUUUAAUUGUUUUAAUUGACCUAUGUUUUGUACAGCGCUUUGUCAUUUCCAUCAGUUAAAAGCGCUUUAUAAAUAAAAUUUAGUUUCUUACUUAAGUGAUAUUCAAAUUUUUUGAGGUACUGAAUUUGGGGAUUUUCAUCAGUUUUCAGUUAUAAUCAUCAAAGUCAAUCAAAGUUUAUUUCUAUAGUCCUAAGUCACGAGUGUCUCAAAGGGCUGCACAAGCCACAACGACAUCCUGGGCUCAGAUCCCACAUCAGGGCAAGGAAAAACUCAACCCAAUGGGAUGACAAUGAGAAACCUUGGAAGGGGACCGCAGAUGUAUGAACACCCAAUACUCAUUAGGUAUCUGGAUACUGAAAUAUCGAUACCGCCAGAUCAUUAUGCUCUAAUAUCGUUCCUCGAAUCAAAAUAUCAAUACUUUUAUAUAUAUAUUUUCCUGUUUUAUUUUAAUUAUUUUAAUUGACCUACGUUUUGUACAGCGCUUUGUCAUUUCUACCAGUUAAAAACGCUUUAUAAGUAAAAUGGAGUUACUUACUUAAGUUAUAUUAAAAAAAUUUUGAGGUACUGAAUUUUAGGAUUUUCAUUAGUUUUCAGUUAUAAUCAUCAAAGUCAAUUAAAGUUUAUUUCUAUAGCCCUAAAUCACGAGUGUCUCAAAGGGCUGCACAAGCCACUAUGACAUGACUUGGCUCAGAUCCCCAUAUUUGCCAACCCUCCCAGAUUUUCCGGGAGACUCCCGAAAUUCAGCGCCAGUUCUUGGUUUCUUAUGUGGGUUUAUUGUUAGGCAGUUUCAUUAACGUCCUCCCAGAGUGGCAACAACACACAACAACAGCAGUCACUUUUUUGUAUACCGUAAAGCAGUUCGUCUGCCGUAAACAGCAAUGUUGUGACACUCUUAAACAGGACAAUACUGCCAUCUAGUGCAUUUGAUGAAAGCACUUUUGUGCGUGCCACACAGCAAUGCAUCAUCAGAGAGGGUGUUCAGCAUGGUUCGACAAAUAGUGACAGAGAAUAGAACAAGGAUGGACAAUUCAACCCUUAACUCAACAAUGAGUAGAUGAGUGUUAUGUGUGUGUAUAUGUGUAAAUAAAUGAACACUGAA